AUGAGCUCUCUCAAGCGAAAGGAUGCCCCCGGGGGUACUCCUCCAUCAAAGUCGGCAAAGGCCUCGAAGGUGUCCCGACCCUCGAAGCGCGACACUCCCACCAAGGACCGGACGACGGCGACUGCAGAUGCUCCUGCGCUGAAGGCUCCCGCCGUCUCGGCACUGCUCAAAGAUGAAGAGCCCUUGUUCCCUCGUGGCGGUGGAAGCAUUCUCACGCCGCUCGAGCAGAAGCAGAUCACCAUGGAGGCGAAGGCCGACGCUGCCAAGGAGGAGGCCGAGCUGUUCGACCCUAACGUGAAGAGCAAGGCAAAGAAGGAGAAGAGAAGGAAAGCCAAGGACACCAAGGAUGUCAAGCCCGCAAGAGAUGAAGAUGCUGUCAAGAUUGAGGGUCUCAACUUCAAGCGACUUGUGAAGGGCUCUCUGGUCCUCGGUCAAAUCACUCAUAUCGACACUGUCCAGCUCACGAUUGCACUGCCCAACAAUCUCACAGGACAUGUUUCGAUCGCCUCAAUCUCAGACACGACAAACUCAAAACUCGAAAAGGACCUUAACGCCGCCGACGAGGAGAGCGAUGACGACGAAGAGGAGGACGACGAGGGAAUCGACUUGAAGUCCAUGUUCAAGAUCGGCCAGUACGUCCGCACACACGUGCUGUCGACAGCAGACGAGUCGGGCCCGGGCAAAGCCAAGCGCCGAAUCGAACUUUCGCUCCGACCCGCAGAGGCCAACGCUGGCAUCACCGGCGACGACGUCGUUGCGCAUACUACACUCAUGGCCUCGAUCGCCAGUGUCCAGGACCAUGGUUACGAGAUGGAUCUGGGAAUCGAGGGAGAUCUGAAGGGCUUCCUCCCCAAGAAGGAAGUCGGCCCCGAUAUGGACGAAGCCAGCCUGCGGCCUGGUGCCGUCUGUCUUUGUGUUGUCAAGAGCGUGACUGGAAUCGUUGUCCAGCUGUCGACCGACCCUCUCAAGCUCGGCAACACAUCGCUUGUUGCAUCGACCGCCCCGACAAUCAACUCUUUCUUGCCCGGAUCCCUGGCCGACGUCCUGCUCACUGAGGUUACCUCGAGAGGUAUCCAGGGCAAGUUGCUUGGUCACCUGCCCGUCACUGCUGACCUCAUCCACUCUGGUGUUGGUCCUGACAAUGUCGACCUCGAGGCCAAGUACACCGUCGGCACCAGAGUCAAGGCAAGAAUCAUUUGCAACUUCCCUGCUGCGCGCGAGCCCAAGCUCGGUAUCUCUCUGCUGCCGCACAUUGUCGGCUUGCAGCCAAAGUCAUCGGGCAAGGGCAGCAGAGCCAAGGCUCCUCUUGAUAUACUUCCCAUCGCCUCGUUUGUCGAGAAGUGCACUGUCCGCAAAGUCGAGCCUGAGAUUGGUCUCUACGUAGACACUGGCGUUCCCGGCAUUGCUGGCUUCGUGCACAUUUCUCGCGUCAAGGACGGCAAGGUUGAUGCGCUUUACGAAACGAGUGGCCCCCAUAAGGUCGGCUCUACGCAUCGCGGUAGAGUCGUUGGCUACAGCUCGCUGGAUGGCAUGUUCCUGCUGUCAUUCGAGCAGAACAUUCUUGAUCAGCCCUUCAUCCGCCUCGAGGACGUUCCCGUGGGAGAGGUUGUCUCUGGCAAGAUCGAAAAGGUCAUUGUCGGCGAGAACGGCGUCAGUGGUCUGAUCGUCAAGCUGGCCGAGGGCAUCACUGGUUACGUUCACGAAUCGCACCUUGCCGACGUUAAGCUUCAGCACCCGGAAAAGAAGUUCAGAGAGGGAAUCACCGUCAAGGCGAGAGUUCUCUCAGUGCGCCCUCGCAAGCGCCAGCUCCGCCUGACGCUCAAGAAGACCCUGGUGAACUCGGAUGCGCCCAUUGUCAAGAACUACGACGAUGCCGAGGUCGGCAUGCAGACACCUGGAACCAUCACUGGCUUCACCGCCGCUGGCGCACAACUCGAGUUCUUCGGAGACGUAAGGGGUUUCCUGCCCCUGUCCCAGAUGAGCGAGGCCUACAUUAAGGAUCCCAAGGAGCACUUCCGCGUCGGCCAGGUUGUCAGUGUCCACGUCCUUGAUGUCAACCCCGAGGAACGCAGGAUGGUUGUUUCUUGCAAGGACCCCUCAGCAUUUGGCCUGGACAAGCAAGCAGCACUCAAGGCUCUGAAGAUUGGCGAUAUUGUGUCCGCCAAGGUCAGCCAGAAGACGGAGGAUGAAGUCUUUGUUGAUCUUGAGGAGAGCGGCCUCAAGGCCAUUAUCCGCACCGGUCAUUUGUCAGAUAAGUCUGCCAGCAAGACUCAGGCUGCUUGGAAGCGCAUCAACGUUGGAAACUUAUUGUCGGACCUCGUCGUGCUUGACAAGAACGAGCGCCGUCGCGCAGUCAUUCUCACCCAGAAACCCAGCUUUGCUGAGGCCAGCAAAAAGGGCACACUGCUGUCGAGCGCUGAGGACGUUACUGUCGGUGCUGUUGUUCCGGCCUACGUCCGUGAGAUUGGUCCCUUCGCCGUCUACGUCCAGUUUGGCGGCAGCCUUACCGGCAUCCUGCCCAAGGCUAAGUUGCCCAAGGAUGCGCAGGAGAAGCCGGCCUUCGGCAUGCGCAAGCACCAGAGCAUCGAGGUCAAGAUUGUGUCUUCCAACCCCGAACAGAACCGCAUCAUUGUUGCCCCUGCAUCCGCCGACGAGCCCGCACCGAUCGCGCCCGAGUCUGCCGUGAACUCCGUCGACGACAGCAUCAAGACCAUCAACGAUAUCGCUCUUGGCACGAUACUGAACGCCAAGGUUAUGUCUAUCAAGAACACCCAGUUGAACGUCAAGGUUGCGGACAACAUCCAGGGCCGUAUCGACGUUUCGCAGUUCUUCGACGCGUGGGAGAACAUCAAGAACCUCAAGAACCCCCUGCAGCAGGUCAAGGCAAACGAGAUCAUUCGUGUCCGCGCCAUUGGCAUCCACGACUCCAAAAACUACCGCUUCCUGCCAUUCUCUCAUCGUUCUACCCACUCGCUGAUCGAGUUCACCGCAAAGGCGAGUGACAUCAAGGCCAAGGAGGUCGAGCUGCUUUCAUACGACAAGAUCGAGGUUGGCUCUUCGCACGUCGCCUUCGUUAACAACCACGGCAAGAACUGCUUGUGGGUCAACUUGUCGCCUACUGUCCGUGGCAGAAUCAGCAUCAUGGACGUCUCGGACGACUUGUCUCACGCCGGAAACCUCGAGAAGUACUUCCCCGUGGGAUCUGCUCUCAAGGUCCGCGUCUUAUCCGUCGAUGCCGACAAGGGACACCUAGACCUGUCUUCUCGUUCCUCCACAGGCUCUAGCGAGGUUACGUGGGACUCGUUGAAGAAGAACAUGACCCUUCCCGGCAGAGUCACCAAGGUCAAUGAUCGUUCUGUCAUGGUCAAGCUCAGCGAUUCCGUCUCUGGCCCUGUCCAUCUGGUCGAUCUUUGCGACAACUACGACGAAGCCAACACUCUCAAGUACACCAAGGGCGAGAUUAUCCGCGUCUCAGUGGUCGAGGUGGACAAGAGCAACAAGAGACUCAGGCUUUCUACCCGCCCGUCUCGCAUUCUCAGCUCCACCUCCCCUGUUGCCGAUCGUGAAAUCACCAAGCUGCCUCAGAUCUCCUCGGGUGACAUUAUUAGGGGUUUCGUGAAGAACGUGACCGAUAAGGGCGUUUUUGUGCAGCUCGGAGGCACUGUCUCCGCCUAUGUCAAGAUCGGCAACCUCUCGGACCGUUAUAUCAAGGACUGGAAGGGCAACUUCCAGGUUGAUCAGCUAGUCAAGGGCCGUGUCAUCAACGUCGACACAGCAAUCAACCAGGUCGAGCUGAGUCUCAAGGCUUCCGUCGUCGAGAACGACUACACACCCCCUGUGACGUAUAAAGACAUCAAGGAGGGACAGAUCGUCACCGGCAAGGUUCGCAAGGUUGAGGAGUUUGGUGCCUUCAUUGUCGUCGACAACUCUCACAAUGUCAGCGGUCUGUGCCAUCGCAGCGAGAUGGCCGAGAAGCCCGUGGAGGAUGCUCGUAGGCUUUACAGCGAGGGCGACGUGGUGAAGGCUAAGAUCCUGUCUGUAGAUGACGAGAGAAAACGCAUCACUUUCAGUCUCAAGCCUAGCCACUUCGACGAGGACAGCGAUAUGGAGGAUGUCGAAGGAGGUGCUGAACUGGCCAGCGAUGAGGAUUCCGACGUUGAGAUGGGAGAUGGUGGUGUCCAGCUCACCAUCAGUGGAACAGACAACUUUGACGACUCGGAUGAGGACGAGGAUGACGAAGAGGAGGAGGAGGAAGAAGACGACAGUGAUGUCGAGAUGGAGGACAAAGCAGCCACUGGCAAGGGCUUGAGCGCUGGCAAGUAUGACUGGACGGGUGACGCAUUCGACGAAUCGGAUGGCGAGUCAACAAGCAAGACGAAGAAGCCGACGGCGACGGAGAAGAAGGAGAAGAAGCAGAGCGGGAUCCAAGUUGACCGCACCGCCGACCUCGACGCCCACGGACCCCAAACCGCCACCGACUACGAGCGUCUCCUCUUGGGAGAGCCCGACUCGUCCCAACUCUGGAUCCAGUACAUGGCUUUGCAGAUGAAGGUCAGCGAGCUGGCCAAGGCACGUGAGAUUGCGGAGCGCGCCAUCAAGACCAUCAACAUCCGCGAGCAGAUGGAAAAGCUCAACGUGUGGAUCGCCUACCUCAACUUGGAGGUCGCUUACGGCACCAAGGCGUCCACCGAGGAGGUUUUCAAGCGUGCUUGCCAGUACAACGAUGAACAAGAGGUCCACGAGCGUCUGGCCAGCAUCUACAUCCAGUCCGGAAAGCUCAAGCAAGCAGAUGAUGUCUUCCAGUCACUCGUGGCCAAGUUCAAGUCAAAGUCGCCCAAGGUCUGGGAGAACUACGCUCACUUCCUGCACGUGACGAUGAACGAGCCCGACAGGGCUCGCGCGCUCCUGCCGCGUGCCACCCAGGCACUGGAGGAGCGACACACGGCGCAGCUGAUGGCCAGCUUCGGCGCUCUCGAGUUCAAGUCGCCCAACGGCGACGCCGAGCGCGGCCGGACGACGUUCGAGACGAUCCUCGCGACGUGGCCGAAGCGGUUCGAUCUGUGGAACCAGCUGGCGGACCUCGAGAUCUCGGCGGCAGAGCCGGACGCGACGGCGAUCCGGGACGUUUUUGAGAGGGGCGCCAAGGCCAAGGGUCUGAAGCCCAAGAAGGCGAUGAAGUGGUUCAAGCGGUGGGCUGAGUGGGAGCAGAAGCUGAGCCCUAAGGGCCGGGACAAGGUGAUGGCCAAGGCACAGGAGUGGGUUACAGCGGCAAAGGCCAAGAAGGGCGCCGCCGAGGAGGACGACGAGGAGUAA